AUGCCUGAGCUACUGUGCCGAACCGAAAGAAUCGAGCAUGUGCGCAACUUUCGCACCGAAGUUCGAGGCCUUCUCGAUGUCAAGCAUCUCAUCGAUCGGGCAUGUAUCCAAAGAAACAUGAACCAUUCUCAUGUUCAUACAAUUUUGCUAAGCUUAUUCUCCGAGCUCACUGCAAUGUUCCCAAAGGAGAGAUUUGAUCUUGCUCUGUUCAAAAAUGCCAUAUUUUCAGUGUCUGAUGCUGAUAUAGCUCCACGAGUUCAUCACAAGAUUCAAAGCUACUCUGGGACGGAUUUUUUCGAUGUUAACCAGACUUGGAUCGUAACAUACGCCUCGCUUGAUGGGCUGAAACAGAGCCACGUGGCAAUCGCAACACUCGAAGAACCAACAAAUCUUGGGCUUGAAAUGGAAGAGACCCGAGUUGUUAUUUUAGUUCUCGCCCCCAGUUUUGAUAAGCAUACCAAGUCGGCACCGGAAAUUGCAAGAACAUUUGCGACAUUAAUGCUUAAUGAUAAUCUUCGACAAUUCAUUUCGGAUGCUGCUGAUGACGACCAGAUACGCGAGAGUCUUAAAGAAUAUGCCCAUCAAUUAUCUGAAACCCUUGCAAUCAAUAUUCGUGACAAAAUGUCGGAUAGUGAUGAUAGUGGGAAGAAACAUUCAUGUUGUCCGUAUUAUCCAUUUCGGGGCAUUGUAAAGGAUUUUAGAAGAAAAUUUCCGCAUUAUAAAUCCGAUUAUCUCGAUGGGCUUAAAGAUUAUCGGGCUAUAUCUAAAGUAAUAUCGACAGCGGUAUUCUUGGUAUUCACUAUUCUACCGACAUCAAUUGCCUAUGGAAUGCUAAACGAUCAAAAUACCAAUGGUUUAGUUAUGAUCCUUGGCCAAGUCAUUGGAGGAAUUAUCUUCGGAAUAUUUGGUGGUCAGCAAUUAUUAAUCGUCACCACCACAGCGCCUUUGAGCAUUUACAUAUCAGUUAUAUACCAAGUUUGUGAGCACAAUGGCUGGAAUUUCCAUCAUAUGUACACUGCUGUUGGAAUAUAUGGAAUGGCUAUUCUCAUAUUAUCUUCCAUAUUUCAAUUAAGCUCUCUAAUGAACUUCGCCACAAGAUCGACGGAAGAGAUAUUCGGGCUUUUUAUUGCUCUUACACUAACUAUCAAGGCAAUUGUUGCUGUAGUAAAAACCUAUUCUUUAAGUUAUGCUAAUUGCCAUAUAAAUGAUCCUGAACUUUGCGAUCCAGCCCAUGUUCUUCUAUUCAUUUUUCUUAUGUUUGGUACUGUUUGGUUGGGAAUGACUAUCAUGUCAUUUAGAAGCUCCCCAUACCUUUCAAGGAGAAAGCGUGAUGUUCUUUCUGACUAUGCCCUUCCGAUCUCCGUCCUUGUAUUUGCUCUGAUCUCGUUUUUCCUCUUUUACCAUGUUAAAAAGGAAACAUUCCCUAUAUACCCAAGGGAAACCGACGUGGUAUUCAGCGCAUUCUAUGAGCUUCCCGGUGAGGCCCACCUUCCCGCUGUCGGGCUUGCCAUCCCUCUCUCUAUCUUGUUUUAUAUGGAUCAGCUUCUCGUCACAAACACUGUCGACAACAAGGAUAACAAAUUGAAGAAGGGGUCGUCGCAUAAUUGGGAUCUUCUGAUUGUUGGCAUCCUGAACAUCUUCCUGUCGCUCUUCAGCCUUCCUUGGAUGCACGGAGCCCUGCCAAUAUCAUUCCUUCACUUGAAAGCGCUUGCAGAUGUGGAAGAUCGCCUUCACAAUGGAUAUAUUCAAACGAUCAUUGUGAAUGUACGCGAAACCCGCUUGGCAACAUUGCUUGCCCAUAUUGCUUUCAUUCCGAUCUACUUUUUCCUGGUGCCUUACAUCACUCAAUUCAUUCCGACAUCCAUAUUCAAUGGUGUGUUUUUAUUCAUGGCGUUCAGCUCUCUAACAGGCAAUGAGUUUUGGGAGCGCAUCCUUCUCAUUUUCACCGAACAGAGAGCUUACCCACCAACUCAUUAUAUUCGGCAGGUCCCGCAAAGAAUAAUCCACAAGUUCACUAUUAUUGAAAUUGUGCAGCUUGUAAUCCUAUUAGCCGUUGGAUUCGCACAGUGGCCAUAUUUGGAAAUGAUCUACCCAAUUAUUAUUGGCUUAUUUGUUCCAUUUAGACAUUUUGUUCUCCCCUUGUUUAUCCGGAGAGAUUAUCUGGAGGCAAUCGAUAGCAAACACUAA